GUGCUAUUUUCAAACUUCCCUGUGGGAAGCAAGGAGCGAGAGGUGACAAGAAAGGUAAUUUCGCAUAUUCUGGCUUUUCAUGGCCAUAUCAUCGUCACUCAGAGAGGAAACCAUCACCACCAGCUUUUUCUCCUUGUCUUUUUGUGCAGUUUCAAGUUUUUUUUGCUGCAAAGAAAACGAAAGUGCGUGAGCAACAACAUGCGGUCUACUGUCUCCACGCUGGUGGCAGCGAGUGCUGCGUGCGUCUCUGUCCGCGCUGACGACGCCAGCAUGGCCGACAUAAGGGGUGCCGAGUUAGAGUUUGGAGAUGAGGUAGAGCUGGAAGAUAAGACCUCGAAUAAAAGGGAAGGAAAACAAGGUCCCGAACUCGCAGACAGGACGCGAGGGGAGAAGCUAGACGAAGAGCAAGAGUAUUCCUUCACGCAAAAGGAAAUCACCGGGACGGUGACCGCCGUCGGGAGGGACGCUGCUUUUUCUGCCGACUUGCCCGCUGCGUCUUCAACUGUGGGUAUGGUCGUGGAAAAGAUCAUCACCGACAAGGAGCUCACGAGCGGUAAUGACCUUGCCGCCAUCCGGCGUUCCCUCGACCACGAAGAGCUGUUACGGGCAGGCGCGGACGCCAAUUUUGACGGUGUUGUGGACAGAGAGGAGAAGAACACUUUCUGUUCAAAGAUUGCGAACACCUCCGGGUCCAGCUAG